UCCUCCAGACCACCACUUCCAAUGGCCUACAGAAACGAACUACUCGAACCCUUCCUCCGUCUUCCCCAGGUAAUUUUCACUUUCGCAGCUCGCCAUUGUCUCCUCGAUGCUCAUCUCCUUCUGCCCGCCUUUAGGGUGACAAAGUCCAAGCUGAAUAUGUUUGGAUCGACGGCGAUGGCGGGGUCCGUUCGAAGACCACGGUUAGCAUCUGAUGACACGCCUGUGCUUCUCUUCUCAAUCUCUCUCUCUCUCUCUAUCACAGACGGUCAGCAAGAAGGUCACCGACAUCGGUCAACUCCGUAUCUGGGACUUUGAUGGAUCCUCAACCAACCAAGCCCCUGGCCACGACUCAGAUGUCUACCUUCGUCCUGCCGCAAUCUUCAAAGAUCCAUUCCGUGGCGGUGACAACAUCCUAGUUCUCGCGGAGACCUACAACAAUGACGGCACUCCUAAUCGCACCAACUACCGUCACCAUGCAAAGAAAGUUAUGGACCAAGCGAAAGACGAAGAGCCCUGGUUUGGUCUAGAGCAAGAGUAUACCCUUUUGGAUGUGGAUGGCACUCCAUUCGGUUGGCCGAAGGGUGGUUUCCCCGGUCCACAGGGUCCUUACUACUGCGGGGCGGGGACUGGCAAAGUUUUUGCGCGUGACUUGAUCGAGGCGCAUUACCGUGCUUGUCUAUAUGCCGGCGUCAACAUUAGUGGUAUCAAUGCCGAAGUUAUGCCAUCUCAGUGGGAGUUCCAGGUUGGCCCUUGUGAGGGUAUCACCAUGGGUGACCACCUUUGGAUGGCUCGUUACCUCUUGAUUCGCAUUGCGGAACAGUGGAGCGUCAAGGUGUCAUUCCACCCCAAGCCAUUGCAGGGCGAGUGGAACGGCGCGGGUUGCCACACGAACUUUAGCACUAAGGCUAUGCGUGAACCCGGAGGCAUGAAACACAUCGAGGCCGCCAUUGAGAAGCUGUCGAAGAGGCACGAGGAGCAUAUCGCUGUCUACGGAGAGGAUAACGACAUGCGGUUGACUGGGCGCCACGAGACGGGCCACAUUGGCAAAUUCAGUAGCGGUGUAGCCAAUCGCGGUGCCUCUAUUCGUGUUCCCAGACACGUAGCUGCCCAGGGAUAUGGCUAUAUGGAAGAUAGGCGACCCGCCUCCAAUAUCGACCCUUAUCGUGUUACCAGCAUUAUUGUCGAAACCACCUGUCUCACCAAGUGAUCUUGAUUCACAUAUACCUUACUGAGAUAUAGGACUGGGUAAUAUUUACUCAUGGACAUUACUAUUAAUCAUUCAUAGAUAGAGUUUUUUUCCAAAUCAUAAAUGUAGCGUACUUGACCAAACUGUCGGUAGUGUCAACACAAUGCCUGUGUGAU